AUGUCGUCGGCCCGUGCUUCCCGCCAACACCUCUAUUCUUCUCUCUGUCUCCUUUCUUUCUUGUCCCUCCUCUCCAGUGUCCGAUCCGACGAGCUUCAAAUUCUCCUGAAACUAAAAUCCGCGCUCCAACAAUCAAACACCGGCGUCUUCAGCACAUGGGUACCCACCAAUUCUUCCGUUUGCCAUUUUGCCGGAAUCACCUGCAACGCAGACGGUUCCGUUAGAGAAAUCGAGCUUUCGAACCAAAACUUGACGGGGACUCUUCCUCUGGAUUCCAUAUGCCAGCUCCAAUCGCUGGAAAAGCUCUCCUUUGGGUUCAACCUUUUGAAUGGUCCGAUCACGCAGGACUUGAACAAAUGCGUGAAAUUGCAUUACUUGGACUUGGCAAACAAUUUCUUCACUGGCCCUGUUCCAGACAUAUCAUCUCUCAGCGAAUUACAGUAUUUGCACCUGAACAACAGUGGAUUCUCCGGCAGUUUCCCAUGGAAAUCGCUUCAAAACAUGAAGGGUCUUAUCCGGCUGAGCCUUGGAGACAACCCAUUGAGUCCCAGUCCAAUUCCAAACGAUGUCGUUCAGCUCACCAAGCUCGAUUGGCUUUACCUCUCGAAUUGCAACAUCCAAGGAACAAUCCCAGCUGGGAUUGGAACGCUCAUCGGGCUCAUCAACUUGGAGUUUGCCGACAAUAACAUGACCGGAGAGAUUCCGACAGAGAUUGGGAACCUCGUGAACCUCAGGCAGCUCGAGCUCUACAAUAACUCGUUCACAGGAAAACUUCCUGCGAGUUUCAGAAACCUCAAGAAGCUCGAGAAUUUUGAUGCUUCUAAGAACCAUCUCGAAGGCGAUCUGUCGAAUCUGAGGUUCUCGACCAACCUGGUGAGCCUGCAAUUGUAUAAAAACAACCUUACUGGGCAACUGCCGGCCGAAUUGGGCGAGUUCAAGAAGCUGGUGAACCUCUCUCUGUAUGAGAACAAGUUGACGGGUCCUCUGCCUCAGAAGAUUGGGUCAUGGGCAAAAUUCGAUUUCAUCGACGUGUCCGAUAAUUUCUUGACCGGUCCAAUCCCGCCAGAUAUGUGCAAGCAAGGUACAAUGAAGAAGCUUUUGGUGCUCAACAACAGAUUCACGGGUGAAAUUCCGGCCAACUACGCCACCUGUUCGACUCUAAUUCGUUUCAGAGUCCCCAAUAACCUGCUCUUCGGUACCGUUCCUGCUGGAAUCUGGGGAUUACCAAACGCGAACAUAAUCGAUAUCACGUCGAAUAAUAUCCAAGGCCCGAUUACCCCCGAUAUCAAGAACGCCAAGUCUCUCGGGCAAUUGUUUGUUGGAAACAAUCGCUUAUCGGGUCAAUUACCAGCCGAGAUCUCGGGCGCUACGUCGCUGGUCGCCAUUGAACUCAACGACAAUCAAUUCUCGGGAAACAUUCCUUCUAGUAUUGGUGACUUGAAGCAAUUGGGCAAUCUUCAUUUGCAGAAUAACAAAUUGUCCGAUUCAAUACCAGAGGCAUUAGGCUCUUGUGACUCCCUCACUGACAUAAAUAUGGCUAACAACUCGCUUUCCGGCGAACUCCCAUCUUCUUUGGGAUCUCUACCGACUCUUAAAUAUCUAAAUCUGUCCUACAACCAACUUUCCGGUGAGGUUCCGAAGAUCUUUUCGUCCCUCCGGCUAAACCUUCUCGACCUAUCUCACAACAAUUUCACCGGCCCCGUGCCGCAUUCUUAG